AUGGCCUACUUUCUCGCCUCGGUGCCGGGCAUUGUCCACCUGGUGCUCUUUAUGGCCAACGGCGACAAGAACGGCAGCGGCAUCAGCGGCGUGGGCAACGGCUUCUACAGACGCCUCUGCUGCCUCUGGCGGAUCUACCUGCUGGAGCGCUGGCUGGAGCACCCCUUUUGGUCGGCCAUGGAGGCCUUGUACGCCGGGAGGAAGCAGUUGGUCACCACAGGCGCAGUAUCCAUCUUCUUUUGGUACCUUGGCGCUCACUUGCUGUACUUCACUGAGUUCGACAACCCCGACGCCAAGAUCCGGGAGUUCUACGGCUCCGUGGCCCGGGCCAUUUGGGCCUGCUCCAUCUACCUCAACGGGGAGUGGGUCUUCUGUGACUUCAGCUGGGCUGGGAAGGCGGUGGGCGGCUUCAUCGUCCUCUUCGGCGUGAGCAUCGUGGUUGUGCCCAUGUCUGUCUUCACCUUCAACUUCCUCACGAACAUUCAAGGGGACUUCUACGAGACCAAGGUGUGGCACCUCAAGGCGGAGCCCGCUGACCUGUGGCAGCUCAAGUUGAUGCCCAAAGAUGACGCGCCGGUGUGGCGGAAGCAGCUCUUCCGCCUCCUGUACGAGCACUUGCAGAAGCUGGAGAAGUGCCUCAAGGCCAAGGACAAGGGCCAGGACAGUCCGAAGUGGGAGCUGUCCCAAGGCUUCCUGCUCUUCAAGUGGGUCUCGAUCACCGCGUCCGUGGUCUUUGUCUUGAUCACCAUCAUGGAGAACAGCGAGUACAUGAACACCGACAACUGCGUGGAGAGCUCUGCCAGGAACCCUCUCUUUCAUGGCCCCGAUGAGAUCCAGCGCUGUAAGGACUUCUUCUCCCGCUUGGAUCACGUGGAGUACAGCGUGGACCUGGUGUUCCUCCACUUCUUCAUCUUGGAAUUUAUCAUGCGCUGCGUUUGCCUUCGCUGGCGGCACCUGAUCUCGGAGCUGGGCCUGGCAGAGAUGCUCUCGAUCACGGGCCUUGUGGCGUCCCUCACGGACUACCGGGAGGUGGCGCUGCACCACCCGGAGCAGCACAAGGAGUGGACCUACAAGCUGGCCAUCGGCUCGGUGGUGAGCCUGCGCCUCUGUCGCCUGGUCUGCGUGGGGUCCUACUUUGGCCUAUUGAGGGCUCUCCGAAAGGUCGUGGCCGUGAGCCAGUGGUCGCUGCUGAAGAGCUUCUACUUCCUGGUCGCGGUGUGGUUCACCCACGCCAUGCUGCUGCACUUCACGGAGUUCCAGAACCACACCCAGGCCCUGGCGGGCGCCCAGGUCCUGCCCUCCAUUGAGGCGCAGUUUGUGCGCCACCAGCAGGGCUACGCGACUUUGGUGGAGGAGCUGCAGAAGCACUCCUUCCUGCAGAUCUCUGGCUUCGCCUCGAAUGCGAGCGCCUCAAACCUCAGCCUUGUGAACGUGACGAAUGUCGCGAACGUCACGAACGUCACGAACGUCACGAACUCCACCUCGAGCGAGGUUCCGCGACACCCCUACCAGGUGAUACCCACGCCCAUGAACCAGUCGACUCGCUUCGGGGACUACCUGGGUGCCAUGCAGUACAGCCUGCAGCACUUGGCGGGGGACUACCCCAUGGUCGAAUACACUGGCGCCGGCAAGCUGGUGCUGAUGCUGGGCCUGGUCAUCGGCACCUGCGCCAUCACGGCGUGGACGGCCGUCUUCAGCUCCGCCAUGGUGAACUACCUGGCCAACGAAGCUGAGGAGGACGACUACUUGGCCAAAGCGGCCAGCCACCGGAUGCUGGUCGCAAUUGAGGUGGUGAUGCGUCUACAGCAACAGUGGAGGCGGCGCAAGAGGAGGAGGGAGGCCGCCAUCGCGAGGGGAGAGCCGCCCGUCAACGACCUGGAGCGGCAGGCGCUCGGCUUCCGCACCAAGGUGCGGCGGCUCCUCUUCCGCCAAGGGGCCUUGGGUAAGGCUCUCAUCUUCGUCUUCCAGGUCACGCUGGUCGUCAACAUCGUGGCGAACCUGCUGCAUUCGCUGCCGGAGUUCCGUGAGAACAAGCAGGUGGAGCCGGUGAGAUGGAGGGUGGAGGCGGUCUGCGACCUCAUCUUCCUGGUGGAGCUGAUCUUGUACCUCAUCGCUGGCAAGGGCCGUCAGGGCGUGCGAUGGGUCUUUGGCCGGACGGUGGACAUGGUGUGCCUGGUGCCGGGGCUGGUGGCGCUCUGGCAUAUGGUGAACCGUAUCAAGAAGCUGGAAGACCUCGACAUGGAGCUUCUGGGGUCGUCUGAAGUCUUCAAAAGCAACGACACGACGGACUUUCAAAUGCUGCUGGAUACGCUUCAGAUGAUCCGAGUGGUGCGGAUCCUUUUCUGGCACCAAUGGCAGCGGAAGGUGCAUGUCGUUCUCAGCGGCAUCGCCCAAACAGGCCCCAUUCUGGUUAUCCCGGCCAUCAUGUCGUCCCUGAUUUGGAUCAUGACCUCCGCCUUGUUCGUGUGGAUGGAGAACGUCUACGACGGGCCGUCCAAGGACUUCUUCACCUCGGUGCCCACCUCGAUGUAUUGGACCUCCUCCUUCCUCAUAGGAGAAUGGACCUUAGCGGACUUCUCCUCGGGCGGCGGAAACCGG